AUGCCAACGUCCUCGGACAAGAAGGCCCGAGGAGGCGGUGAUGCCGCCCGCACCGCGGGGUGCCUGGAUCUCCUGCACGGGGACGCGAAGAUGGCCGCGGCUGCGCGAUCCUCGGUCUGGGCAGGAGGCGUGCUCGCGCAGGACUCCGCCAACGUGGAGCGGGCCCACGCCUACAACGGCCUGGUGGUGGCCGCGUUGGGUCUGGAGGACGCCCUGCUGGCCGGGCGCGACGCGGAGCCCGAGUUGCAGGCCCUGCGCUCGGCGGCCGACGCGGCGGACCCCUUCGCCGCCGCGAUGCUCGCGUCGCUGCCGCCAGGCUGCACGCGGCAGCGCCGCGAGGACGGCACGGUGGCGACGGAGUCCGCGGUGCAACAAAAGCUGGCCGCCGAGCUGGACGGCCUGGUGGCCGCGGCCUUCGUGCCGCCGGGAGGCGGCCUGCUGGGCGAGCUGGUGGGCCAGCUGUUCCGCAAGGCGUACGUGCUGGACCCCGCCGCGGCCCCGCUCGAGCCCUCCACGCCGCAGGGCGAGCGCUCGGAGGUCAGGAGUAACCUGGAGGCUCUCGCCGGCGUUCUCGGCGGGCGUGGCGACCUCGCUGCGAGGCUCCAGACCCUGGAGGGCUCCCUCGGCGGUCUCUGCCGGGAGCGCGCGGCCUCGUGGCUCUCGGAGGCGCGGGACGCUCUCGUGUUGCAGCAGACGCUCCGCGCGGUGAAGGCCCGCGCCCAGUGCCUCAACUCGGUGCUCCUCUGA